CUGUGCAGCCUCAUUUCACCAGGCAUAAACAUCCAAAAAAUGUCCUUCUUUUUGGCCCAGGUUCCCAGAACACAGGCAGAAGUUCACCACCUCCUGGGUAUGUUCCAGAGAGGCAGCAGCGCAUUGCUCGCCAGGGUUCCUACACCAGCAUAAACAGUGAAGGAGAAUUCAUCCCAGAAACCAAUGAACAGUGUAUGCUGGACCCUUUAAGCAGUGCUGAAAACUCGGUGUCAGGAAGCUGCCAGUCCUUGGACAGGUCAGCAGACAGUCCUUCUUUUCGGAAGUCACGGAUGUCAAGGGCACAAAGCUUUCCUGAUAAUAGACAGGAGUUCUCAGACCGUGAGAAUCAGAUUUAUGACAAAGCAGGGAAAGGUGGCACCUACCCUCGGCGUUACAAUGUCUCCAUGCAGCACAAAGACUACAACGAUGGCCGAAGGACGUUUCCCCGGAUCCGACGUCACCAAGGGAAUCUUUUCACUUUAGUCCCUUCCAGUCGUUCCUUAAGCACCAAUGGAGAGAACCUGGGCCUGGCCCUGCAGUACCUGGAUCCCCGGGGACGCCUGCGGAGCGCGGACAGUGAAAACGCCCUGGGAGUGCAGGAGAGGAACAUUCCCACCAAAUCUCCAAGUGCUCCCAUCAACUGGCGACGAGGAAAGCUGCUGGGCCAGGGUGCCUUUGGUCGGGUGUAUUUGUGCUAUGAUGUGGACACAGGCAGAGAGCUUGCAGCAAAGCAGGUCCAGUUUGACCCAGAGAGCCCUGAAACCAGCAAGGAAGUGAGUGCCCUGGAGUGUGAAAUUCAGCUGCUGAAGAAUCUCCAGCACGAACGCAUCGUGCAGUAUUACGGCUGCUUACGGGAUCGAGCAGAGAAGACCUUGACCAUCUUCAUGGAGUACAUGCCAGGGGGGUCAGUGAAAGACCAGCUGAAGGCUUAUGGUGCCCUCACAGAAAAUGUAACCAGGAAAUACACUCGCCAGAUCCUCGAGGGAGUCUCCUACCUUCACAGCAACAUGAUUGUGCACAGGGACAUAAAGGGAGCCAAUAUACUCCGUGACUCUGCUGGGAAUGUGAAGCUUGGGGACUUUGGGGCCAGCAAAAGGCUGCAGACAAUCUGUAUGUCUGGAACAGGCAUCCGUUCUGUCACUGGCACACCAUACUGGAUGAGCCCAGAGGUGAUCAGUGGAGAAGGCUAUGGCAGGAAAGCAGACGUAUGGAGCCUUGGUUGUACAGUUGUGGAAAUGCUGACAGAGAAACCCCCCUGGGCAGAGUAUGAAGCCAUGGCAGCCAUUUUCAAAAUUGCCACCCAACCAACCAACCCCCAGCUCCCUUCCCACAUAUCAGAACAUUGUCGGGACUUCCUAAAGCAGAUUUUUGUGGAAGCCAGGCACAGACCCUCUGCUGAAGAGCUGCUCAGACAUCAGUUUGCACAGCUCCAGUACUGAAUUACCUCCCUUGCUGGGUUUUUGAGUGCCCUGGCUGGUCUAGUUGCAACUGCCUCUUGUGGUGCUGCAUCUUCCAAAUGCCAACUCAGCCAUCCUAAUCCUUUGAGGAAAUGAUGCCAAGGAACCUUAGGCUCUGCUCUUGUGCCUGAUGACCUUUUGUUUGCUGGACUAAUGUUUAUUCUACCAACAGAGCUGCAUUUUUGCCCUACUUACCUUGAUGGGAAAUUGCAGCUGGCUGCAUGUUUUCUGCAGGACCCCCCCCCAAAAAAAAAAAUAAAGAGAAGUGGCUCACUGCUUGAACACAGAAGAAACCUGAACCAAAGGGGGAAACUGGAAGAGCUACACACAGGAACAUGCAACAGCCAUCCAGCCCAGCUCUCUACAUGUGGGUCACUCUUUUCCAGACUGCUGGAGCUUUCCAGGCAUCUCUAGUACAGGAAUCCAGCAGAAAGCCAUGUGGCAUUGAGCAUGCACUCACUAUAUAAUUAUAUAUUUUUCUUCUUAAGUAUUCAGCAUCUGAAGGUGUUCCGAAAAUAUUGAUUCAAAAGGAUGUGAAUAGUGUUAUUUUAUAAUGAAACCAUGGGUUUUGGGGUGAGGGAUGUCUUUCUAGUGAAAUGUCAGGAUAAUCAGAAAAGCUUCAGCAGAAUGCAAUCACUCCAGGGCCUAAAGAUUAUUAGGGCUCUCCCAAUGACAUUAGAAAAUCCCAAGCUUCAUUUUCCAAGGCUUGAGCUGUCCUAGCAUUAAGACAGGGUUGGAUAGUUUGUGUCCUCAGAGCCAACAGAUCUGUGCUCCUGCUUCAUCUCCCUGGGUCUAAACAAAACCCUUCAGGAGAGGAGUUUUACACAACAGCUUUCUGUUGCACCUAUUUUUUUUUUUUGGCUGGUAACUUCUUACCAUCCCUUAAACCAAAGAUGGUUCAUCCUGGUGCCCAGGAAUUUGCUUCAGGAAAAGCUUAGGUGUUUUUUUUUUUUUUUGAGGACUUGGCCUAGUGGAGAAUUGAGUUGAGAAAUGCUGGGCAACAUUUUUAUUUGUGCACAAGUUAGAACCAAGCUCAACCCUUCAGUUUGUGUUUUACAGGUGUGGAAGUGUUCAUUUGGGGUUUCCAUCAAAUAGGGUCCUGAUUAAAUCAGCUUUUGUCCAAGUUCAGUCAAACAGUGAACCAGAGAGAACAUCUUUAAUCCUAGCAGACUUCUGAAAUGAACUGCAGAUGCCCACACAGGUACCAGCAAAAUGAGUUUUGCCUUUGAAAGGUACCACAUCUCUUAGAAUGGAGCUCCUGAUGGUUUUACUGGCCUCAAAUACUAUAGAUCUUGAUUUGGGCACUGAGAGUCCUUAUUUCACUCCUAAAAACCCAGCAGUUUCUAAGUGCUGGGGGUUCAUGGGGUAAUUACAAGUUAUCUGUAUGAAGUUAAACUAAGAAAAGGAAACCUAUUAGCUAGAAUAAUGAAAAUUUUUAACAGCACUACAGGUGUUCUGCCCUUGUAUUGGAAACCAUAUUAAGGGCCCAUGUGUCUCUACUCUUCCUCCUCAAAGAAGACUUGAAAAAUUGCUUUCAUUGUGCAGUAAAAUGAAGUUUUACAGCCAGAAAAGGCAAGUUUUAAUGAAACCAAGCUCCUUGAACACUUGAGAAGUCACUUGUUUAAUUAAAAAGAGGCAAAAAUGAACCCUUAAAAACAGCCAAAAGCCCUGAAAGGGCUUCAAAACCAAGUGUUCUUCCUGUGCCAAACUCAGAGCAAUGUGUAACCAGUGCAAGCCAAGUUCAGGCUCUCCUGCACUACUCCAAGGAUGCCCAGUUUAGGUUGCAGGCACUUCAGGGGAUAUCUUUUAGGAAAGCCCUUGUUCCAUAACUUAUUUAAUUCUAGUCAAAGCACUUCUCUUG